AGGUGAUGGUCCAUGUCCAAGGAUCAAGUGUGUGUGUCCAAACAGACAUAGAGCUCUUGGUGUUCACUUUCUGCAUCAAAUUCUGCCACCACAUGAAGAGGCUUCAACUGAAUAAGGGUGAACAGCACAUACCAACACGGAGGCUUCCCGGGGUAGUCCUGUUCAUGCAGGUCACAGUCACAGAUGCCUGUUGGCAGCUUCUCUUCUCUAUUCUUGAAGUCACUGGAAGCCUGAAGGAGCUGGAACUAAGUGGAAACUCGCUGAGCUGCUCUGCAGUGCAGAGUCUUACUGAGACCCUGAGAUGUCCUCACUGCCACCUGGAGACUCUGCGGUUGGCCAGCUGUGGCCUCACGGCUGAGGGCUGCAAGGACCUUGCCCUUGGGCUGAGCACCAGCCAGACCCUGACCGAGCUGGAGCUGAGCUUCAACAUGCUCAUGGAUGUGAGAGCCGAGCACUUUUGCCAGGGGCUGAGACAGCAGAGUUGCAGGCUGCAACGACUACAGCUGGUCAGCUGUGGCCUCACAUCCAGCUGCUGCCGGGACCUGGCCUCUGUGCUCAGCACCAGACCCAGCCUGAAGGAGCUGGACCUGCAGCAGAACGACCUGGGAGACCUUGGCGUGAGGCUGCUCUGUGAGGGGCUGAGGCAUCCAGCCUGCUCACUCACGCUCCUGUGACUGGACCAGACCUCUCUGGGUGCGGAGCUGAAGGAGGAGCUGAGGACCCUGGAGAAAGAGAAGCCUCCACUGCUCAUCUCCAGCAGGAAGCCAAAUGUGAUGACCCCUAAUGAUGGCAGAGAGAAGAGUAGUUACGUGUCCUCACUCAAGCGGCGGAGGCGAGAAUCAGGUAGUCUGAAGGAGCCAGGCUGGGAGGACCAUGCCUCAGGGGCUGGUGCAGCCCAUCUCCAGAACUUCUAUGGCAUGGGUCUAAAGGGAAGCUCCGCACAGGCCACACAGGUGGAGCCCCUCUGUCUGUCUUCUCCUGCCCAUCCGAGGCACUUACACAUGGAGCCUCCGGGGACUGAAGCUCAGUUUCAGGGCCCCACGGGACCUGUGACUGCUGAGAUAGUUGACAAAGAGAGGAGGAGCCUGUACCAAGUUCACUUCCCAGAGUCUGGCUCCUAUGACUGGCGCAGCACAGGUCUCCACUUUGUGGUGAGAAGGGCAGUGACCAUCGAGAUUGAAUUCUGUUCCUGGAAACAGUUCCUGGAUGGGAACGUGUCACAACACAGCUGGAUGGUGGCCAGGCCUCUGUUUGACAUCAAGGCUGAGCCAGGAUCUAUGGCAGCUGUGUACCUUCCUCACUUUGUGGACCUCCGAGGGGGCCAGGUGGAUGUCUCCCUGUUUCAAGUGGCACACUUUAAAGAGGAGGGGAUGCUCCUGGAGAUGCCAGCCCGGGUGGAGCCACAUUACAUCAUCCUGGAAAACCCCAGCUUCUUCCCUGUGGGAGUUCUACUGAGAAUGGUCCAUGCUGCACUGAGUUUCAUUCCCGUCACCUCCAUGGUGUUGUUGUACCAUCACCUCAAAUGUGGGGAGGACACCUUCCACCUCUACCUGAUCCCUAGUGACUGGUCCAUUCAGAAGGCCAUUGAUAAUGAAGAAAAACAGUUACAGGGAGUGCGAAUACACAAGCCUCCCCCACUGACCUCACUGUAUAUGGGCUCUCGCUACACCGUGUCUGGCUCAGGAAAGUUGGAAAUAUUACCCAAGGAACUAGAGCUCUGCUAUGGAAGCCCCAAAGAACCCCAGCUAUUCUCUGAGAUCUACUUUGAAGUCUUGGGGUCAGGGAUCAGACUGCAAAUAAGAGACAAGAGAGAUGAAACUGUGGUAUGGGAGGCCUUUGUGAGACAAGGAGAUCUCAGACCUGCAGCUGCUCUGGGUCCUCCAGCCGUCAUAGCCUCACCUUCACCCCUGGACACCCCAGCCUUGCUGCACUUUGUGGACAAGCAUCGAGAGCAGCUGGUAGCACGAGUGACAUCAGUGGACUCUGUCUUGGACAAGCUGCAUGGACAGGUGCUGAGCGAGGAGCAGUAUGAGCAGGUGUGGGCGGAGGCCACCAGGCCAGACCAGAUGCGAAAGCUGUUCAGCUUCAGCAAGUCCUGGGACCAGGCCUGCAAAGAUCAACUCUACCAAGCCCUGAAAGAGACCCAUCCUCACCUAAUUAUGGAUCUCUUGGAGAGAGAAGUGGGGUUACAAGGGAUCUCAGGGUCCUUCACGGAGCACUCAGACCCCUCUGGUUGUCCUGGAAUUUGGCACAGGGCUUUCUCCCUCAGAUGUGUGCCUGUGUGUCUGCACAUGCUGCUGCCUGUGCCCCCAGCCUACCUGUGGGUGCUGCCUCCCUAG